GAUAAUUUUGUAUUGUAAUAAAUAAAAAAUAGAACAAAAAUUGGAAAAGCUCCAUCUCCUCCAAUGGCUGCAAAAGCUCCAGAGAAAACCACCAAACCCAAAGACAGAGAUUUCCUAAACCAUCUCGAAACAUACCUCGCCAAAAGAGAUGGUGUAGACAAACUCCUGAAAAUCUCUCGUUACGCAACCAAAAUCAUCCUCGCAUCAUCUCUAAUCCCAGAAUCCAGAUCCAUAAUCCCCCGUCUCAAAAGCUUCGAAUCAAGCGUCGGAGUCAGUCGCAAAGCCUUCCGUCUCGGAAAAUUCGUACAAGACAUCAACGCUUUAAGAUCAUCACGAUGGGAUUCGAAUCAUGAGCUCGUAUUACUCCUAAUCGCGUACGGUGGUGAAGGAUUAUACUAUUUCGUUGAACAAUUCAUAUGGUUAACGAAAUCAGGAUUGAUCGAUGCGAAACAUUCGAAAUGGCUUCAAAAGAUCAGUGCUUGGGCUGAAUUGGUUGGUUAUGUUGGAAGUGUUUCGUUGAAGAUUAGGGAUUUGAGGAAAUUGAAUGAUGAAGAGAAGUGUGUUGCUUCGACGAUUGAGAUCUCGGUUUCGAGAGGAUUAGCUUGUGAUGGAGAUGAUGAGAAGAUGAAGAUGAUUAAGGAGAAGAAGACAUUGAAGGUUUUAUCGGUUUUGCAGGAUUUGGCUGAUGGAUUGAUGACUGUUGCGGAUAUUCGUGAUGGUAAGGGAGUGUUAUCGGCUCCGAAUGUGAUUUCUUCUGCAGGUUUGUUUUCGGCUAUUGUUAGUACUCAUAAGAACUGGAUCUCUUGUUGAUGAUGAUGUGAUGUUCGUAAUUCGUUUUCGAUCGAUUAUAGUAUUGCUUAUCGAAUAAAGGUUUCGUUUUUUC